AUGCAGGGAUUUAGACAGGCACUUGAGGACAGUAAUCUUGUUCAAAUACCCAUUGUUGGCUCUUUCUUCACAUGGGAGAAGGGCAGGGAGUCGAAUAAUCUGGUUAGAGAGAAGCUUGAUAGAGCCCUUGCUAUUGAGGACUGGGCUCAUAAAUUCACUAAUGUUGUCUGCUCAGUUAUUCAUGUUCCUAGAUUGGAUCACAAACCGUUGGUGAUUAAUACAGCUCCUAAGGAUAAUUGGGGAGAUAGAAAGAGAUUUCAAUUUGAUAAUGCAUGGUUAUGUGAUGAGGGUCUGGCUGAGUCCAUUUUUUAUGGCGGUUUUGUGGAUUGUGAAUGGGUUUUUGAGUUGGUGCCGCCCUUGAUUAGUGAUGUCAAUAAUGUUGAUCUUUGUGCUCCCUUUUCGAAUGAGGAAUUUAGAGCUGCUCUUUUUCAGAUGCAUCCAAACAAGGCACCUGGACCGGAUGGGUUAAAUCCUGCAUUUUACUAG